AUGAACCUGCGUGGUGGCGGCAACCUGUCAGAGCUGAUGCUUAAAACCAUCAGAGCCGUAACUCUGGAGUCCAACACUUGGUCCCCACGUGGAUUCGAGGAAAGCACCCUGAGAAUCAAAAACGUGACAAACUCAGGGUGUCGUGGUGGUAAUGACGCCGUGCUUAACGGCAUCGACGUGCAGUUAGGGAACUGGUCGUCCCGUAACAUCGGGGGAGUUUACGGCGAGGAGGGUGUCAGGAUUUACGCCUCUCAGUGUCAAGACAUGGCGGCGGAGAAGAACUGGGCGGCGCUGCUGAUUCUAGUCAUCAUCGCCGUCACAGUCAUGGGGAACAUCCUGGUGAUCCUGGCGGUGUCCCUGGAGAAGAAGCUGCAGAACGCCACUAACUACUUCCUGAUGUCUCUGGCGGUCGCCGACAUGCUCCUAGGCAUCCUGGUCAUGCCGGUCUCCAUGGUGACCAUUCUGUACGACUACGGCUGGCCGCUGCCCUCUGACUUUUGUCCCAUCUGGAUCUACCUGGACGUCCUGUUCUCCACGGCGUCCAUCAUGCACCUCUGCGCCAUCUCUCUGGAUCGAUACAUCGGGAUACGAAACCCGAUCCACCACAGCCGCUUCAACUCCCACACCAAGGCCCGCAUGAAGAUCAUGGCGGUUUGGACCAUCUCCGUGGGUAAGAACUGCGUUGUUCAUUAUACAUCCACAUGUUGAGGAGGAGCAACACAGUUAGCGCUACACGUUAGGCUGG